UUAAUAGAAAAUUCACUCAAAUGUAAUAGAAUACAGUCUAAAAAAUUAACCGAAAAAAUUAUAACAUCUUACACUAACAGUGCGUUGCUAAGUAAAAAAAUUGAACUUUUUACUACAGAAGGCCUGGAAAAAACUAAAGUGAAUGGAAAUUUACGUCGUGAAAAUAAUAACAACAAAAAAUCCGCAACUAGAACUCGGCCUAAUGAUAUUAAAAAACAUUUAUGGGAUAAGAGGUACUUAUUGUUUUCUAAAUUCGACGAAGGAAUCAUGAUGGACAAUGAAUCAUUUUAUUCAGUUUGUCCUGAAAUCUUAAGUACACACAUAGCGUUGAGAUGUCCUGGCCUAUACGUCGCUAUGGAUCCGUUUUGUGGUGCUGGUGGUAACAUCAUCCAAUUGGCCAAAAGAUACAAACAAGUAAUCGCUGUGGAUAACGAUGCUAAUAAAUUGGAAUUCGCGAAAAGAAAUGCUGAGAUUUAUGGAGUCAGGGAGAAAAUUACAUUUAUACUGGGAGAUUUCUUCGAAAUUGCAGAAACCUUAAAAAAAUAUAAGCCACGGGUCAUAGUGACGUCUCCCCCAUGGGCGGCCCUUCGUAUAAGAAACACGAAGUUUACAGUCUCGAAAAACAUAUGUGUAGCAACUACGAAGGAGGCGGUAAAAAACUCUUCGACCUGUUAAGAAGUAUUGCUCCCAACGUAGCACUCCACAUACCUAAAACUAUAGGUCGAAACGAGGUAAAUCAAUCAAAUUUCUAUAAGGAAAUCACAAUUGUAGUUAAUGUCGAUCAAUUAAUUUUCUAGUUAAUACAAUUUGGCAAACUAUUCGAUUUAAACAUGGAGAUUCAACAUAAUUAUAUUGACGAUAGAUACGAUACGAUAACUGCGUUUUUCGGCCGCUUUUUCAACAUGAACACUAAAUACUUAUCCAACGACAACAAACUUUACACUAACAAAAAAUUCUUGAAGUAUCCAUAAUCAGCUGAUUACUAUUAUUGAUAAAUAUUAGUUCAAACAACUUUCACUAUUUUUUGAUUAAAUACUGCUUUGAAUUUUGAUUUUUUCAAAUUAUUGACAUUAUACCGUUAAAAGACACAUACAAAUUUCGAAAUAUUCUAAUUUUCACGUUAAAAAUACUACCGAUUUUCGAAUAAAUAUAAAUACCUUUUGCCGCAGCAUAUUUUACUGAAAAGUAAAUUUAAAUACAUUUCAUUAUAAAACAUAUAA